AGGAUGGGAACGAAGGCCUCAACUUGGUCGCUUCGAAAAAUUGAAAAUUCAAUUCAAAUUGUGAAAGAUACAUUUCUUACCUGAGAAGCAUAUCCAUAUAUAACGUGAAGGAGAGUUAAUUAAGAUUAAGAGAGGAAGUAGAAGUUAUAUAGAGGAGUGAAAUAUUAUAGACAGAAGAGUAAUUUUUAGAUGUUGAGAUAUUAGAGGAAGGUUGUGUUGUGUGGAGUGAAUAAAUCAGUUGAGUGGCAGCUGUGGUGAGUGACGGGGAUCAUCGUGCUGCAGCCUCGUACAUACAACACUUAUAUAUUACUAUCUGCACUACAGGGGCCGCAGUGCAAGGAUGGCAGCGUGGAUGUGGCACAAGUUUUCGACCUGGUUUUGGGAUCCAUAUGUGUGGCUGCCCCCGAACUACUACUGGGAAGAUCUGGUACCCAAUGAGAAGGUUAACUACGCCAACUGGAGUGACCUGUGGACGUAUCCCAUUAUUAUGGCACUUUUAGCUAUUCCUCUUCGAUUCUUGAUUCUCAACAAUCUUGUGUAUUCUUUUAUAGCCCAAGCUGUUGGCUUAAGGGAUAUAAAGGCACGUCCAGUAGUUCCUAAUGAGACUUUAGAACAUCUGUUUUUGCGUUAUAAGGCCAAACCCCCUGACAGUGAGAUCAGUCAUUGUGCUGGUAAACUUGGAUGGUCAGAACGCAAAGUAGAGCGGUGGAUACGGCAAAGGACAGCCAUGACACGUAUCAAUAAAUUCACCAAGUUUAUGGAAUGUGCUUGGCAGUGUACAUACUACACUUUCAUCUUUGUGUAUGGGUUGUAUAUAAUGUGUGGAAAACCAUGGCUCUGGGAUAUUCGACAUUGUUGGUAUGAUUAUCCAAAUCAUAAUAUUGAUAAUGAUGUGUGGUGGUACUAUAUGAUAUCCCUUUCUUUCUAUUGGUCCAUGACAUUCACACACUUCUUUGAAAUUAAACGCAAAGACUUCUGGCAAAUGUUUUUCCAUCAUUUGGUUACUAUUUCUCUCAUCACAUUUUCUUGGACAUGUAACCUCACAAGAAUUGGUACUCUAGUUCUUCUUGUGCAUGACUGUGCUGAUAUUCCUCUUCAGCUGGCUAAAAUGAGCAUUUAUUCUGGCCAUAAAGCUUUCUGUGAUGCUGUCUUUGCAAUCUUUGCUAUACUCUGGAUUGUGACUAGAGUUGGAAUUUAUCCCGUACUGAUCUUGUACAGUACAGCCAUAGAUGCUCCUACAAUUGUUCCCAUGUUCCCUGCCUAUUACAUUUUUAAUAGUUUGUUGUUUACACUGUUGUUUUUGCACAUCUACUGGACAUAUCUGAUUCUUCGUAUCAUUGCUACUACAAUAACUAAAGGAAAUGUGGAAGAUAACCGCUCAUCAUCAGAUCCUUCUGAAUUCUCUCGUGAUGAUGAAGAUAAAAAAGAGAAAUAGUUGAAAAUCUGAAUUUAACUUAGAGAAGUUAUUUCUAAUUAUGAGCAAGAAAUUUUACAUGCCAGAUUAUGAAAAGUGUGAAUAAAUUUGAUGGGUUUAUUUAAAGUUUAUAUAUUAAUAAACAAUGGAGUUUUAAAAUUUAGAUAGGAAACAGUAAAAUAGUACUUGUGCAUUUUAGUGUGCGAAUGUUUGAGUGUGAAUAUGUAUGUUUGCACAUAGUUACACCUGCAGGUUUGAUAAUGUUCUGCAAUACAGAGGUUUACUAAUUUGUUUUGUGCAACGAACUGACAUAAAUUUUAUGGAAAAGAAAGUUUCUCAUUUUAAUGAGUUUUAUUUGUUUUAUUCAGAUCUGGAAAAUUGUGUGCAAUUUAAAUUUGUGAAAUAAAAUGAACAUUCUUUGCAUGUCACUCUUGUAAACAGCUUCCAUACUGGAGUAAUGCUGUGGGGGAGUAUUAGUAGUUUUGUUUAAUUUUAUCGUAAUUGUUUUAACCUGUGAUAAAUAUUGAUCUUGUAAACAGAAGCUCUUCCAAGAAUCAGGGUGCAGUUAGAAUUCACUUAUCAUGCCUGCAAAUUGUGUAGUGGCUAGUACUGGUUACUUUUUUUUGGAACUUCAAUUUCUGCUAAAUUAUUUUUAGUUUCAAAGCAAGACUUUAUUUACCCCUUGCAGAGAUUGAAGGGUGUAUUGUAGUUGUUACUUUUAUCUCUACAGACAAAUUUAUAUAGAUCUAAUGAAACUGGCAACAUAGGUUGCUGGUUCAACAUGGAUAUUACUGCAUACAGUAUUGAAAUGGGUACAUGAGGGUUACAGAUCAAAGCUUAAGUUUUGUACAGAGUGAAUGUUUAUAUUCUGGUGCAUACUUUCCUAAUGCUUUAAAUGUAUUCAGGUUUUAUUGCAUCAGGAAUGUCAACUAUUCAUGGAUACUGUUACUCUAUAUUUUUGUAGUUUCAUGUGUAAUGCCUCUUGCUGCAUGUUUAUAAUAUGUAACUGAUUCGUUGCAGUGAAUGAGGAGAGUGCAGUCUCAAACAGAGAAGUAUAUACUUGCAAUCAAAUUUAAUCUUGAAAAUAACUGUUAGCAGUAGUUAAAUUUUUGUUGUAUUUUUAUUUAAAGCAACAGCUGUGUUUGGAAUAGGGAGAAGUGUAAGAUUUGUACUUUAGCCAAGAAUCGCGAGAUCCUUUGAAUUCCACCGUAACACUUCUAUUCAUUUAUUUCAGUAUUUCUAAAAGUACUGUAGUUUCAAGGCACAAACUCAUCGCAGUUGGUCAUAACAUACAGUAUGUUACACCAAAAUUGGAAUAGGCAGUUGUAAUAUGGGGUCUAUACCUAACAAAACGUAAAUAUAACAGAAAAGUUGAAAGAUAUUUAGUAUAACAUAAAUAGAUUGCAAAUGUAAAAUAUAUGCAGUGAAACCUUGAUUUAAGGGAAUAAUAGGGGAUGGGGGAGAGCAUUGGAUAAUGCCAUGAGUGUAACAAUAACAAUUCUAGAAACAGCAGAUUUUGCCCACUGUUUCUGAAAUCAAUUUACUCAGCAGAUUAUAACAAUAAUAAGUAAUUCUGGAAACAGAUUACCUUGUUCACACAGAUCUUGUCCAUUAAAUCUGAGAGCCGUUAAGUUGAAGUUUCCUUGUAUUAUGACAGAAGACUGAUGGGACUGAAAAUGCUUAAUUGGAGUGAAACAGAAGAUAUGAUUACCACAUACAUUAAUUAAAAGAUAGGAGAAAAAUACAAGGAAAACUUUUUGGUAUGUAGCAUCUGGAAUAGGAUCAACAGGAAGGUAUAGUGUGAUACAUAACUGUACUAAACUAAAUGUUGACGACAAGGUAUGAGCCAACCUCUGCUCCUGUAACUCCAUAAAGGUAAUCAAGAAAAAAAGAUAAUCUUACAUUAUCUUUUUCUUCUGUGCUCGUCUCCCUUUCAUUCCUUACAUUUCCGUUCCCUUUCAUAAAGUAACUAUCUGACCCGCCUAUCUGUCUAUAUAUAUGUAUCUGUUUAUCUAUGUGUCGGGGUUCUUCUUAGAUGGAGUGGUGAUAUAUGCUGACUUUGUGUGUGUGUGUGGGUGUGUGUGUCUGUGGGUGUCUGUCUGUGGGUGUGUCUGUGUGUUUGUCUGUACUCACCUAUAUACUCACCUAUAUGUAGUUGCAGGGGUCGAGUCAUAGCUCCUGGCCCCGCCUCUUCACUGGUCAGUACUAAUUCACUCUCUCCCUACUCCGUGAUCUUUGUCAUACCUCUUCUUAAAGCUAUUUAUGGAACUUGCUUCCACUACUUCACUCUAGAUUAUUCCACUUCCUGACAACUCUAAGGCUAAAGAAAUACUUCCUAACAUACCUAUGACUCACCUGGGUUUUCAGCUUUCAAUUGUGGCCCCUUGUUCCUUUUUCCCAUCUGAAACAUUCGAUCCCUGUCCACCUUGUCAAUGCCUCUCAGUAUUUUAUAUGUUGUUAUCAUGUCCCCUCUAUCCCUCCUAUCCUCUAGUGUCAUCAGGUUGAGUUCCCUUAACCUCUCUUCAUAAGACAUACCCCUCAGUUCCGGGACUAAUCAUGUUGCAAAUUUUUGCAAUUUUUGCAAUUUCGUAACGUGUUUGACUAGGUGAGGGUUCCAUACUGGCGCUGCAUACUCCAGUAUAGGCCUUACAUACAUGGUGUACAGUGUCGUGAAUAACUCCUUACUCAGAUGUCUAAACGCCAAUCUCAGGUUUGCCAGUCUCCCAUAUGCUGCAGCAGUUAUUUGAUUGAUGUGUGCCUCAGGGGACAUGUUCGUUAUAAUGCUCACCCCAAGAUCCUUUUCCUUAAUUGACGUCUGCAGCUUUUGAUUUCCUAACCUGUACGCUGUCUGCGGUCUUGUAUGUCCUUCCCCAAUCUUCAUGAGACCUUACACUUACUGGGGUUAAACUUCAGGAGCCAUUUGUCAGACCAUACUUGUAGUCUGUCCAGAUCCCCCUUGUAAUCUUAACUGAUCCUUGCCCACUUGUAUUCUCCUCAUUAGUUUCACGUCAUCAGUGAACACUGACACUUCUGAAUCUGUUCCUUCCACCAUGUCAUUCACGUAUACAAGAAACAGCACCGGGCCUAGGACUGAACCUUGUGGAACCCCACUCGACACAUGCGCCCACUCCAACACUUCAACAUGUACCAACACUUGUUGUUUCCUUCCUGUCAGGUAUUCCCUGAUCCAUUGCAGUACUUUCCCUGUUAUUCCUGCCUGCUCCUCUAAUUUUUCACCAGUCUCUUGUGUGGUACUGUGUCAAAAGCCUUCUUGCAGUCUAAAAAGAUGCAAUCUACCCAUCCCUCUCUCUCCUGUCUUACUUCUGUUAUCUUGUUGUAGAACUCAAGUAGAUUUGUGACACAGGAUUUCCCAUCUCUGCAUGUAUGAGUCCAAUCUUUUCAAUGUGUUCUACCACUCUUCUGAUAAUCUUUUCCUUGACUUUACAUACAAGUCAGUGACACUGGUCUGUAGUUUAAUGCUGCCUGUCUGUCUCCUUUCUUAAAAAUUGGAACUGCAUGUGCUGUCUUCCACGCUUCGGGCAACUGUCCAUUUUCGAUAGAUUUACUGAAGAUUGCCGCUAGCGGCACACACAGUUCCUCUGCUCCCUCUCUCAGUAUCCAUAGAGAUAUGUUAUCUGGGCCCACUGCCUUUGAGGUAUCUAGUUUGUUUAGCAGUUUCUUCACUUCUACCUUGGUUAUCUGUAUUGUGUCAGCACCUUCUGGUGCACCCUACCUCCACAGUUUGCUGGAAGCAUUCCAGACUCUUUUGUGAAUACUUCUUUAAAUCUUGUGUUUAGCUCAUCACAUACUUCUUAGUCACUCUUUGUGAGCUCCCCUCCUUCUUUCCUCAGCCUGAUUACCUGGUCCUUGACUGUUGUUUUUCUCCUGUUGUGACUAUAACAACUUUGGUUCAGAUUUGGCCUUUGAUGCUAUGUCGUUCUCGUAUUGCCUCUGGGCCUCUCUCCUUAUCCCUGCAUAUUCGUUUCUGGUUCUUCUGUUCAACUCCUUGUUCUCUUGAGUCCUUUGCCUUCUAUACCUUUUCGAUGCUCUAGCACACUUGGCUUUGGCCUUUUACACCUCCAAUGAAACCAUGGGCUCACUUUGGUCUUACCAUUUUUUCUGUUACCCUUUGGUAUGAACCUCUCCUCUGCCUCCCUGCACUUAGUGGUCACUAGUUCCAUCAUUUCAUUUACUGUCUUUCCUUCUAGUUCUCUUUCCCACUGCACUUCAUGCAGAAAACUUCUCAUUCCAAUGUAUUCCUCUUUUUUGAAGUUCGGUGUCUAUUUGUUCUCUUGCUGCUGCGUUCUCCACUGUUAACUCUACAAGAUAUUCAAAACUCAGAACAUCAUGAUCACUAUCACCAAGGGGUCUUUAAUGGGUGAUGUCCCCUAUGUCUGAACUAUUCAAGGUGAAUACAAGAUCCAGUCUUGCUGCAACAUCCUCUCCUCUCUCUCUGGUUGUAUCCCUAACAUGUUGGUGCAUGAAGUUCUCUAAUACAGUCUCCAACAUCUUAGCCCUCCAUGUUUCUGGUCUCCCAUGUGGCUCUGGGUUUUCCUAGUCAAUCUCUUUAUGAUUAAAAUCCCCCAUUAUAAGCAAUUUUAUCCUACCCAUAUGAGCCCUCCUGGCCACUUCAGCUAGUAUAUCCAACAUUGCCCUAUUGGGCACAUCAUACACUUCUCUUUCCCUCCUGCUGUUAAAUGGUGGAUUAUACAUCACUGCUAUCAUCACCUUUGGACCCCCAGUCUGAAGUGUUCCUACAAUGAAGUUGUCUGUUUCCCUUCUUUCCAUUCCUCUCAUCUCAAAACUCCACUGGUUUUUGAUGAGCAAUGCUAAUCCUCCCCCUCUGUUCUCUGUCUUUCCUCAUAAUCUGAUAUCCAGGUGGUAAGAUUGCAUCUGUUAUCAUCCCUGUAAGUUUUGUCUAUGUUAAUGCUGUGAUGUCAGGUGAUGCAUCAAUAAUGCAUUCUUGCCACUCUUCACCUCUGUGUGUCUGUGUCUGUCUGUCUCUUUGUCUCUCUUUCUUUGUCUCUCUCUCUUUCUUUGUCUCUCUCGCUUUCUUUGUCUCUCUCUCUUUCUUUGUCUCUCUCUCUUUCUUUGUCUCUCUCUCUGUCUCUGUAUCUCUGUUUCUGUCUCUCUCCAUCUCUGUCUCUCUGUCUCUGUCUCUGUCUCUGUAUCUCUCUCUCUCUCUCUCUCUCUCUCUCUCUCUCUCUCUCUCUCUCUCUCUCUCUCUCUCUC